AUGGAAUUGUGGACUGUGGCAGUAGCUUUGAUCAUGUCGGUGGCACCCUCUAGCGCUUAUGUAAGCACAUCAAAGGAUGAAAUCACCGGUUUGACAUGGCAAACUGAUGAAGAAUUCAUAGAAACUGGAGGAAACAAUUUUCUUCCAAGGAACAACAUCCGCUUGGAAAUGAAAACGCUAAGAAGUUUCCCAAACAUUAAUUCUAAAAAUUGCUACAAUCUGACAUUAGAAAUGCAAUCCAAAUACGUCCUGCGUGCAGGCUUUUACUACGGCAAUUAUGACAACCUCUUCAUGCCUCCAACAUUCCUUCUUAAGGUCUCUGCUGGAAAUUAUUUCAAUGUAACAGUUAUAACUUCUCUAAGCGAUGACCCAAUUUACCACGAAAUCAUGUUUAUGACAACAAAUGAGGCAGUAGAUGUAUGUUUGAUUCAAACACAAGAAGGUCAUGUUCCUUUCAUUUCUUCGCUUGAAGCCACAUAUGUUAUCCCAGAAAUUUCAGGUUCGAUAAGCAUUGAUUAUGGAUUUGGAAAGUAUGACAACUUUCAGAGACCUCCAACAUUUGUUCUUGAGGUGUAUGACAAAUUUAAUGUGACACUUACAACAUCUCUAAGCGAAGAACUGAUUUGCCACGAGAUCUUGUUUAGAACAACAAAUAAGGCAGUUGAUGUAUGCUUGAUUCGAACACAACAAGGUCAUGUUCCAUUCAUUUCUUCACUUGAAGUUUCAUAUGUUAAGUCUGAAGUUCAUGGGUUGAUAACCAAUGAUUAA